AUGCACCCGGUCCGCUCAUCCGUCAAACUGAACGUGAACCUACAACCUUGUGUGACGAGCGAGGGAAUCGACUACUCACCCGUAAGCGUGGCGAAGAAGACUCACUCCGCUGAUAUUGGCAAGCGCUUUCAGUUGUUAGGCUGGAUUCGAAAAUCCUGUCAAGGAUCCUAUUGUGCUCAUUCUUCCUGUCUGCGGAUGGAAGAUGUGGACUAUGCGAGGAGCUUGUUGUUAAACAGUGAAAUGAAACCCGGUGACUAUCAUCGCUUCCAUUCUCCCGCCGAUUGGUCCAUACAUAUGCGCAGGCAUUUUCCAGAUGCCUGGUCGUCCGUCCAACGUACCUGGACCCGCACGGGCAGGUGA